AUGGUUUGGGAAACAAAUAGGUAUAAGAAACCGAUCAAGGUUCCCUACACAAAGGGGCAGAUAAGGAACGUCUUCAAACGUCAUGAGACGAAUGGAGAUGGUCAACUUUCCAAAGAAGAGCUGGACGCAGCCUUCGACGAACUUGGUGCAAAAUGGCCUCCUUUUAGAGCUUGGUUUGCUCGACAGUAUGCAGAUGACAACGGCGAUGGCUUCAUUUCUAUAGAGAAGGAGCUCAGCAAGCUUGUCGAGUAUGCCCUAGAAUUGAAGUAUACUCUUCAUUAA